AGGUAAAGCUUGGGUCCCCCACCAGUCGGGAAAGACAAACACCACGACACCUCGUCAGACUGCACCUUCACCUCGCUGCCGCAUUCCACCCUCCACCAUUCUCCUAGUAAUGUCGUACGCCUGCUAGAAUACAUGCCCGCGAACCCGGUUCCUACGCGCCCAACAUCAUCUCCCAGGGCGGCUCGCCCGCGCUCCCCGUGCCCAUGAACCCACUGCAAGAUGCUACUCCGAGACCGCCAAAGUAUGCCGACCUCGAAGCCUCCGUGAUCCUCCCCAAACAGCGCGCAUCGCCUGCUUCGUCCCUUACGUCGCUACCCUACCGCCGAUCCAAUCCCUCUCUGCACAAGCUAUUCGAAUCGACCUCAUCGCUCGCGGGCUCGCGCCCGAGCUCUGGCACUGCAACGCCCACUCCCGCCUCCGCUCCGCCUGCCGCUUUAUCCCCAGGAUCGCGACAGAAUGGCACGGGUACGCCGUCCAGUUUACAACCGGGAGUCUCGGAUGAAUACAGGAUUCUCAUACAGCGUGCCUUUGUGCCGCAUGUCGCUGUUGUGGCCGAUGUAGAAACGGAGACCAUGAUACGAGGGAAGGGUAUCGAAGGGGGACUGCUGCAGCUUCUGCGCCCGUUUGGGGAGACUGUACCUGGAAAGAUCACGAUAAGAGACAGUAUAGGUGCCAGUAAGAGCCAUGCGGACUUCGGCAUACGCUUCGUGGGAGCACAUCUUGGUUCAGGGCUUGCUAGCUUGCCGGCAACUGCGCGGAAUAGUCUGGAGGAUCCUAGUCGGACGUCACAUACCUCAAUGCGCCCGAGGAGUAUAGGAGGAAAUGUAGCGCAGGUUGAAGAGGUGGUGGAUCGCCAUUUGCAGUACUUCGAGUUCAACGCCCAUACCGCUGCCUCGGGCAUUCCUGGGGAACCCCAUACUCUCGCCCCCGAAGCAAAUUCUUCUCCCUUCUAUACUCUCUACCUUAGGCGCUUGCUCUCCGGACUGCCCCUAGUACCCCAUGAGACUUUCGCUCACCCCGUCGCAAGCGUCAUUGCAGUCAGCUCUCGAAAUCCGAAUCCCACCGAAGAGUUUAGGAGGCUCUACGCGAAGCAGCGCGAGGGCGAGCUUCGGCCACCCCCAUGGGUGGAUAACGAAUAUCUACGCUAUUAUGUGCUCGUUCACGAAGAGGAGACGGGAGAUAUCGCAAAGUCCAAUCAAGUAUUUGAUCAAAUGAAGCGGCAUUUUGGCUUGAACUGCCAUCUAUUAAGAUUGAAGAGCCAGCAAUGCAUCCCGUCCGACGAUGACAGCGUGCGGCUCCCUACCUGCGAGUGGAUGUCCUCUGCAGAGGAGCUGGCAGAGAUCCAACAGCGAGAAACCGCCGACGACAUAACAGACCCCACCCCGUAUAUCCCCGAGUCCGACAUUACAGCCAUCCGCACCUUCGUCCGCGAACUCGUCGCCCAAUCUAUCGUCCCCCAAAUGGAACGCCACGUCGCCACGUGGAACGAGCAAGUCCUCGCCCGCCGCCGGGGCAUCUCUGGCCGCUUCAUGUCCCUCUCCAAACGCUGGACGCCCUUUGGUUCCAGCCGCAACAGCUCCUCUCCCGCCCUAGGCUCCUCAAACACAAACUACGACUCCCUGCAGGGCUUCUACCGCCCCGACGCCCCCGAAGCCAUCAUGCGCAAACUGGCAGACUACAGCUUCAUGCUAAGAGACUGGAAGCUAGCCCUCUCAACCUACGAUAUUCUCCGCACCGAUUUCAACAACGACAAAGCCUGGCGGCACUACGCCGGCGCCGCCGAAAUGGCCGCCUUGUCCGCGCUCAUGUCCACGGGACCCUUGACUAGUAAAACCAGAACGGAAAAUAUAGAUACCUGGAUCGAAGCUGCUUCCUACAGCUACACGGACCGCGACCGCAGCGCAGCACCGUAUUACGCCCUCCGCACAUUGGCGCUUAGUUUGGAACUCCUGCGCCUGAGGGGUGCGUCGGCCGCCGACGAUGCCGCCAGGUGGGCCUCCAGGAUCCUGGAAAUGGGACUCGUGGGGCCUGUGGGGAACGCGCUGUUUACGGAGCGCGUGGCUGCCUGUUAUGCGAUCCGCAAAGGGGUGGGAGCGCAUCGCAUGGGUUCGCGGCUACGCAAAGCAGCGUUCUUCGCCGUGUUGGCGGCCGAGGCCUGGUUCCGGCUUGGAAAGUCUUUGCAGGCGGAGAAGUGUCUCGAUGUUGCGAUGGGGUUGUAUGGAGCUAGGGGUGGGUACGACGACGGGGUUGUGAAGAUUCCGUUUGCGCAGAUGCGCGAGUUUAUUGAGGAGUUGAGGCAGCAGAUUCUGGGUCUGCGGAUGUCGAUUCGCGGACUGGAAAGUGAGGAGGGGGCGGAGGAGGAGGUGGAGGAGAGUGUCGUGGUUGAGGAGACGGAGACGCUGGAUAAGAGUCCCAGGAUGCAUCGGAGGUCGUUGAUUGGGGCGGUAGCGCCGGCGACGGAUCUAGCGGGGCUGACUCCCGGAUUAGAGAGGGAGAGGGAGGAGGAGAAGAAAGCGGAUCAUUUUGAGUGAGGGAUGUGAGGACUUCUAGGAUUGGGGCUUUUGCGCAUUGCGUUGGCGUUAGUGGUGGCUGCAACUUGGGCAUUCGUGAGGGCACUUGGGCCUAGAGAGGCGGAUCAUAUUCUUGGGCCAGUAAUCUUAGGGAUCGGGGUAGAUGA